CUUGCUUAACUAAAUAUACACACUGUCAUAUAUACAAAGAUUUGUUUUAGUGUCUUAAUUAGUUUAACAUUUGUUUUUGUGAGGAUAUGUCUGGUCAGGGAAGAAGCAGUGCAAUGAAAAUGAAAGUGGUGUUCGUUCUGUGUAUUGUGGUGCUAAUUCAGACUGAGGUGGCUCUUGCUGCUGUGUAUACAGUUGGAGGUUCUCGUGGGUGGUCUUUCAACUCUGUUGGUUGGCCUAAGGGCAAGCGCUUUAGGGCUGGUGAUAUUCUUGCAUUCAACUAUAAGUCAGGUGCACACAACGUUGUGGUAGUGAACAAAGAUGGGUACAACAAAUGCAGCACACCACGAGGUGCCAAAGUGUAUAACAAAGGAGGUGACAAGGUUAAGCUAGCCAAGGGACAGAACUAUUUCAUCUGCAAUUUUGCUGGUCACUGCCAAUCUGGAAUGAAGAUUUCUGUCUUUGCCAUGUGAAACUAAUGAAUCCUACAUGAUCAUCUACUGUUGCUACAGUAUAUACUUAAAGUCUACUAAACUUUCUAUGAUGUCAGCUAUGUUGGUGUACUACUAGUCUACUACCAUAUGGGAAAUAAUGGAUUGAUAUGAACUUUUGGUACUUCUACUGGAAA